AUGAAUCCAAGAGAUAUCAUCAUUUCCCAACCAUUGAUUUCAAUAAAUACCAUAUCGAAAGGGCAUCGAUUUCGACCCUCGCAUUCUUCAGAUUCCCAGUCAAAAGAAUCAAUCCCUAAACGCAAGAGUCGAAAAGCCUUUCCACGUCUCGCGGCACCCUCCGCAAAAGAUAAACGCCAGCUGUCCCACGUUCGGAAUCCAAUACGCGAGAAUAGUCGAGACCAUAGCUCCCGUUAUGCCGAACUUGUAUUGGACAGUCAAAAGCCACGACAAGAAAACGUGUAUCGAAAGCGAAAGGGCCGCCAAAUAACUGAUGAUCAUGUUCUUGCUCUGUGCCUGCAGAUACAUCUGGCAGCUGAAGGACACGACAAACGCGUAGAUAACGGGUAUGAACCACAACCCGAUUCUUCCCGCCACGUCAGCAAUAGACUCGUCUUGUCCGAGAGCUUUUAG